UGUCAGGAAUGGAGAACGGCUGUCUGUGUAGCACGACAUGCCGCUUUACCAUCCUGUGUGUGUUUAUGGUGGCAUACCUAUGUUUCGGUGCUGCCAUCUUCAGGUUCCUGGAGGGACCAAAGGAGGACAGUAUUGUCCUGGAUUUGCGACUGGAAAGAUCUCAGUUUUUACACAGUCACAACUGUUUAACAGAAGAUGACCUGGAGAAGUUCGUCCAACUAGUUAUUGCGGCGGCUAACCGCGGAGUGUACGCCACGCGCAAUGUCACCAUGACGGAGCCCAACUGGAGUUUUGGUCAGGCCAUGUUCUUCGCCGGAACCGUCCUCACAACCAUUGGUUACGGCCGAGUGACCCCUCUAUCUGACGCGGGGAAGGCGUUCUGUAUUGUGUACGCCGUGUUCGGGAUUCCCCUGACUCUGAUCCUGUUCACGGCGAUCGUGGAGCGCCUGAUGGUGCCCACGAAGAAGCUGCUGUACCUGUUGUACGGCCAGCUGGGCCACAUGUACAAGGUGUUCCACAUCCAGCUGCUCCACCUCUUCAUCGUGUUCACCUUCCUCAUCGUCUUCUUCUUCCUCAUCCCCGCAGGCAUCUACACCGUGCUCGAACCCAAGUGGAACUACCUGGACGCCUUCUAUUACUGUUUCAUAUCUCUCACGACUAUUGGUCUAGGGGAUUAUAUACCAGGAGACAAUGCAGAACAACACUAUAGAGCGUUAUACAAAGUAGCGACAACAGGCUAUUUGAUGCUUGGUCUCGUUAUGAUGAUGCUGCUCCUAGCCGUGCUGUACGAGAUCCCUGAACUCAACCUGGGAUUUCACUUCUACAUGAAGAGUGACGAGAUCAGCGAGGAGGAGGUCAGCCUGAGGUCAUCCAUGAAGAAGGAGGGUCUCCAGUACACCAAACAGGUGGACGACAAGUCCUCCAAUCUGAGCACUCAGGGGUUAAAUCAAGAUAUAGACGAGUGACGUCACUAGCAGACUGGUUUACGUGUACUUUCAUUGUUGCUCCAGUAGUACAGUCUUACUAUCUAAUGUGACACAGAGCCGAAUUUACGAAAGGGGAUCAAUGCGUGUUGGUUUUAAACACAGAAAACACUAAGAUGCAUGGGUGUGUGGCCUAAAAACAUGCAUUUUAUCAUAAUGUAUUAGAUAUACAGGCUGUUUAAAAGGUUACACGGGACUAAGAUAUACAUAUCUUUUUGUAAAUUCGGUUUUCACGGAACUGUCACCACAAAGAUAGCGAGUUCUGUUAACGUCAUUACAACAACCUCGAUAUAUUCGUGAAUGUUUCUUUUAAACAGACCAAACAUCAAAUUCUUAAUUAUUAAUUUAAUUGUUGAAUUGCCAUGUCAUGACCAGUAUUAUUUAAUCAUGAAAACAGUGGUGUUUCGCAAGUCACAUACAUCAGAAAUGAACAUGAAUUCUUGUCACAUUGACAAGAGAAACAUUUUUAAUAAGGCAGACGUAUUUCUUAUAAAAGGUUAUAACUGAAAAUGUUUUGCAUCGAAUUUGGUGGUGUAGUUGUUAAGCCAUCGAACUUAACGACGUUACCAGCGGUGAAGCCAUUGAAGGGAUAUAUAAGAUCGCAUCUCGGUACCGGCUCCCACCCAAAAAAAGUAUAACGACGUAAUUGAUAUGUGUAAGGCCAUCUCGGCGACUGCUCUCUCACUAAGCACUAACCUACUGUCCUGGGCUCCGUUCCACGAAGCGAUCUUCGCCCUAAGAUCACCAUAAAUGCAUAGCUACCUUAUGCACUAAGGUGAUCUUAGUGCUAAGAUCGCUUCGUGGAACGGGGCCCAGGACAGACAGCCCAGAUUGUUGAGGUGUGCCGAGGACAGUGUGCUUCAACUUAAUUAAAUAGCAUCACGAAAAUAAGUACAAAUGAAAUGUUUUGCAUAGAAACGACAGCCUGCUUGCUUUUUUUUUUACUAAUAACGAUACAGAAGUCAACUGUUAAGAAAUCACUGCGCAGUGGUAUUCACACCUGUUUACGGUUUUGUCCGUCGUCGUCGUGCAUUGUAGGUUGUCCGUCAUGUGUCGAGUGUAAACUUUUCACACUAUCGAUUUCUUCUCCGAAACUACUCGGCCAAUUCCAAACCAAUUUUGUGGAAAGCUUCUUUGACACAUGGAGAAACAAACUGCUGAAUAGAUGCUUUAUCUAAUUUCAUUGAUAUCGGGUCUAGAAGAAGCUACCUUGGCACGUGGAGAAACACAUCUGUGAAUGUUGUCAUUUUGACCCCAAGGUACCCGAGGCGCAGGGCACAAGAGGGAGAAAUUAAGCCCAUUUUAAGAAAUCACAAAUAACUAGAUCAGUUUUAAGCUACUUUUGUUAAUGGCUUCCAUGACACGUGGAAAAACAAAUAUGUGAAUUUGGUUGGGAUUCCCCCAGGAGCCCGAAGGAAGGGCCCAAAGGGGGGGGGGGGGGGGGGGGAAUAAUCCAAUUAAGAAAAAUGUUCUCUAUUUCGAAAACAUUUAUAAUCGAAUAGUCUUCAUAUGUAUAUAAAGGUCAAUAGAUGGUUUAUCUAAUUGGUUAAUGACAUUAAUAUCGGGGCCCCUGUUUAUCCCUUGAGUGGGUGGAGUGUGACGUGUGCUACAUCUAUAUAAAGCAAUGCAAACUGUAAUUAGGCCAUUUCCAACUAAAUUUGAUGCUUUCUUUACCCAUGGAGAAACAAAAUGAUGAAUUUUUCAUUCAGACACCCUCCACCCAUCUUCAGGAAAAUAGGUGUCAUGCACUCCAUUGAGUGUGGUAGGUGGGAGUGGACAAUUUACUCAGGUGACAGUUUAGGCCCAUGGGCCUCUUUGUUUAGUAUUGUGAAUCAAAGAAAGGAAUAUGCUUAAUACAUAUGAUUAACCGUCGUGAUUGGAACAGGAAAUGUCCCGGUGGAUCUACCAGGAGGGAUAGAUCCUAUAAACCAUCCUACCUCAGCCCAGCAUCCUACCACCGAGUUAUGAAAGCAGUCACAUUAAACACACAUAGAGUUAUGAAAGCAGUCACAUUAAACACACAUAGAGUUAUGAAAGCAGUCACAUUAAACACGUAUAGAGUUAUGAAAGCAGUCACAUUAAACACGUAUAGAGUUAUGAAAGCAGUCACAUUAAACACGUAUAGAGUUAUGAAAGCAGUCACAUUAAACACGUAUAGAGUUAUGAAAGCAGUCACAUUAAACACGUAUAGAGUUAUGAAAGCAGUCACAUUAAACACACAUAGAGUUAUGAAAGCAGUCACAUUAAACACACAUAGAGUUAUGAAAGCAGUCACAUUAAACACGUAUAGAGUUAUGAAAGCAGUCACAUUAAACACGUAUAGAGUUAUGAAAGCAGUCACAUUAAACACGUAUAGAGUUAUGAAAGCAGUCACAUUAAACACGUAUAGAGUUAUGAAAGCAGUCACAUUAAACACGUAUAGAGUUAUGAAAGCAGUCACAUUAAACA